UGAUGAUGGCGGCGGCGGCGGCGUGGGUCUUCCUGCGGGCUGGGCUGCGCCCGGGGAGGCGGAGACUGGUGGAUUCUCCUCUGCCAGCUGGUGUUCCUAAGCUUAGUUAUCACUAUGCAUCAUCUCACAAGUAUGUUCCCAGGCGAGCUGUGCUGUAUGUACCUGCCGAUGAUGAAAAGAAGAUACGUAAAAUCCCGUCACUAAAUGUAGAUUGUGCAGUGCUGGACUGUGAAGAUGGCGUGGCUCUGAACAGAAAGAGAGAAGCAAGACUGACCGUUGUGAAAACCCUUGAAGAGUUUGAUUUUGGCCAAGCUGAAAAGUGUGUUAGGAUAAAUUCUGUGUCCAGUGGUCUUGCAGAAGAAGAUCUAGAAGUACUUUUGCAGUCCAAGACCCUUCCUUCAAGCAUGAUGCUGCCAAAGGUUGAAAAUGUUGAAGAAAUAAGAUGGUUUUCAGACAAAUUCUUACAUCACCUAAAAGGCCGAACCCUUGUAGAACCAAUGAAUUUUAUCCCCUUUGUGGAAACUGCAGUGGGCUUGCUCAAUUUUAAGGCUGUCUGUGAAGAAUCACUGAGAACAGGAGCCCAGGUUGGCUUUCAUUUGGACGCAGUCGUCUUUGGAGGAGAGGAUUUCCGUGCCAGCAUAGGUGCAACAAGCAGUAAGGAAACUCAUGAUAUUCUAUAUGCCAGGCAAAAAAUAAUAGUCACAGCAAAGGCAUUUGGCCUUCAAGCAAUAGACCUUGUUUACAUCGAUUUCCGAGAUGAAGAUGGACUCCGCAGGCAAUCAAGAGAAGGUGCCUCAAUGGGAUUCACUGGUAAGCAGGUGAUUCACCCCAACCAAAUUGCUGUUGUCCAGGAACAGUUCUCUCCAAGCCCUGAAAAAAUAAAGUGGGCACAGGAACUGAUUUCUGCUUUUGAAGAACAUCAGCGAUUAGGCAAGGCACACCGCACGUGCGGCUGUCGUCCUUACCCUGCUCUUGGUCAGCCUCUCCCUCUGCCAAACCCAAGGCCGGCCUGCGACCCCGCAUCGAUUGCAGCAGGACAUUCAAGGGGCGCGCAGUGCUUCACAGAGACGCCCUACGCAACGCUGGGGCCAGGCCUUCAAUUCUGAAUUCUUCAGGGAAGGGAUCGCAUCUUUGUAUUUGGGAUUUUUUCAAGAAUGUGUCAAAGUGCUGUCAGAAUUACAAAUAAAUUUUUUUUUUUUUUUGGUCUACGGAACUUUGGCAUGUCUUGGUGCACAGUGUUUUAUCAUCAAAAUCCUACCUCAGCAACACAUUUGUAGAUUAAAGCAUCCAAAUAAACAAGCCACAUUUGGCCCUAUUUAAAACCUGUUCCUUCUGUUUAAGACUUAACUACGGUUCCUAGUUAAUUACUUUAAACUGGUCACCGUGGUAUGAGCACAAAAUCCCUAGAAAUACAAAGUGACUCCUGAAACGUGCCCUGGCUCUCAGGUGGCCACCGGCUAGUUCUGCAUCCGCUCGGGGAGAUGCCCCACAUGCAGCGCUCGGGUGGGCUUCACCUUGGCCCCAGAGCAGAUUUGGGCAAUAUUAUCAUGCCAGCCACUUGUUUUUUCAGCUUUCAUCCCAGCCCCUGGCUCUAAGCACAAGCCCAGCCUAUCUUUUGCACCAGAGACCUGAUGGAGAGGUGCAGCAGCAAACCUCAACACACCCCCAAGUCAGGAGAACUUCCCUGCACACACACAUGCACAUACACACGCACCCCUCCAAAAAAAAAAAAAAAAAAAAACCCCUCCUGUUGCUGUUUCCUGACAAAGGUAACACUUCUGGCUUUGCUCUGCAUCUGCAGACAGUUUCACGCCGGCCCUGCAGCCCAGCCCUGGGGGGUGCUGGAGCGGGAUGCUGGACGUGGGGAGCAGAACUGCCCCCCCCCAGCACCAUGUCUGCCAGCACCCCCCCGGCUGGCAAGCACGGCCUGGCGGCUCUUGGCCCUCGACGUUUGCCAGUUAGAGAGGCUGAAACGGGCAGGCUGCACGCUGGGCUCCUCUUUUCUCUCCCUUUUUGCCUCCCCUUUGGAGCACUCGGCACCCACCGCAUUUCUUUAAACGCAUUUGCCCCGUCUAUGUUAGUUUGUCUCCUAAAACUCAUUCAGGAUUCCUGGGGGAGCUGCUGUUUCUUUGCGAACGGAUGUGUUGUUAAAGAAAAAGACAAGCCAACUACGAUUUCCAGAGGUCCUCUCAGGAAGUUUAUAUUCUCUC